GUUCGCACCGAAUGUCAUCUCGAACUGUUUGAAAACAUCACGUUUACAUCAGAUUGAAAAUUAUACUCGUACAAUUUUGUCGAUUGAAUAUUUAAAAUAAUUGAUUUAAAAAGUGUUUGCAUUGAGAGUCAUCAACUAAUUAGAUUUGAAUCGAAGGAGUAUGGAUAGUUUGCCGAAAACUCCUAGAAAAAGGAACCGACAUACAGUGACCGAAAGAUCAUUGUCUUAUUUUUCUCCAAUAAAGAGUAAAAAGGCAAAAAUUGAAAACGAUGUCGAAAUAAUGUUCAACGACGAUGCAGCAAAGGAUGGAAAAACGCAUACUUGCUCGUUAUGUAAAUUGGACUUCAAUGGAACAAAACAAUGGAAUUUAGCAGCACAUUUGUCAGCAAAACAUCCGAAUAUUUACGCUGAAAUUAGUGGCGAGAAGAAUGAGCCGAUUGAAGUGAAACGUACCAAAUUGCUUCAUUCUUUGGUGGAAAUUGUGUCUGUCAAUGGUCGUUCAUUCACACAUUUGCUUGAUUCAGGAUACAUAAAAUCAAUACACCCGCGAUUGGAUGAACUUCGAGCCGCUGGGGUCGGAUUGGAUCUCCAUGAUUCGAAUUUAACUGAAGUCAAGAAAAAACUAAGUGAAAUUGCUGGAAAAAUACGCGACAAAAUACGAGAUGAAGUAAUUGGCAAACAUCUCAGUUUGAUGGCUGAUAUUGGUACAAAACACAAUCGCUCAAUAUUAGGAGUGAGUAUCCAAUAUUCGGUGGAUGGAAAUUUAAAAAUACGAUCAAUUGGUUUUAUCCAACUUUCUGAAAGUCACACUGGAAUAUAUCUCGCUGAAAUGAUUGUUAAUCGGUUGGAAGAACUUGGCAUAGAGUUAAAACAAAUAUUUACAAUAACGACUGACAACGGAAAAAACAUUUUAAAAAUGGUGCGUGAUGUUCAAAGCCAUCUAGUGAGUGAGAUUAACACAAAUAGAGCUACACAAGCAGAGGUUCAAAGUCAACACGAUAACGAGAGAGCAAUUAAUGUGAAUUAUAAUAAUAUUGAUUCGGAAAUUCAACAGUUGUUAGCAAAUGUGAUCGAACUGACUGACGAUGAGGCUUUGGAACGUUGUUAUGAUGAAGCGGCAUCUUUGUAUAAUGACUCACUUUUAAAUUCAAUGAAAGAAAAGUUAACAGACAAUGGACGCACUAUUACAUACGAUAUUACUGGCGUAAACUGUGCUGAGCAUCUUCUACAGUUAACCGUAAAAGAUGGAGUCAAUGAUCUUGCACCAAAUAUUUCAAAUGUAAUUGAUCUGAGCCGAGAAGCAUGCAAAUUACUACGGCAGGAAGCAAUAUGCAACCAAGCAGCAAAACUGGAAAUGGAAUAUUCACUACCGCGAUUGGAAUGCGCUACGAGAUGGGGUUCCAUGUACCUAAUGUUACGCGAUAUAUAUGACCGUAAGAACAUUAUCGAACACUUUGCUAAUGCAAACAACUUGAAGCUGUUUCAAUUGCUCCUGCAGAAGUGGUCUAUACUUAAGGAGCUCGUGAUCGUGUUACAAAUUCCAUACGAUGUAACUAUUGCAUUCCAGAACAAAAGGCUUACGCUUUCCGAUGUGUAUGGCAAGUGGUUGGCAAUGCAACUCCACUUGGAAGCAUGCAAUAAAAAGAAGUCAUUCAAAACUGAUUUGGCAAAGCACCUAUUGAAUGCAGCCAAAAUUCGCAACGAAAAAAUAUUUAGCAACCCAUUAAUGGACAGCGCAUUGUACUUAGAUCCUCGUUUUCAAUGUGAAGUCACGAAAUGUGCUGAGAAAACAGCCAAAGCCAAAGAGACUUUGUUGAAUAUUUGGAAUCGUCAUCAGUUACUUCGCGAAGAUGUUUCUAUUCAUAACGAAACCAGUGUAGCGUCAGCCGAGAGCCUGAUUUUUGAUUUCGACGUUGAUGAAGCAAUAACUUCACAUUAUGGAAUUCAUCAAAAUGAAAAUGAACAGAUCGUGCCAUCAUUAAAUAUUUCAGAUUUGAUUGAUCAAUUCCAACCGGAAAUAAUGUCUCCUAGCCAAUCGGUUCUAAAUUUCUGGGAAGCAGAAAAAACAAAAAAUCCGGAGCUCUACAUCUUAGCGUCAAUAAUAUUCAGUGUUCCACCUACAGAGGUGCAAAUUGAACGGGAUUUCAGCAGCUUAGAUUUUGUUUUCACAAAGCGCCGAGGUAACCUCUGUCAACAACGAUUAGAAGAUAUAUUCAUUAUUCAUUUGAAUAAAGAUUUGUUUGAAUUAGUCGCUAAUCAAGAGAUUGAGACUUUCUUGGAAAAAUGUUAA